GGCCAACAUUUUGUACGGAGACCUGCCCCAUCUUUUCUCGGACCAGCAACCUGGCUGUCGCAAAGGUCCCAGCUUGGCUUCCUGGCGCGAUGGGGCGGAUGUAAAACACACACAAACACCCGCUUGGAAUGUGCCCUUGACGCAGCGGCGUGGACCUAGCAUGAGACACGCAUAUGCAGCUUUGGUACUGAGUUCCCUGCUGUUGGGGAAGAAGCCAAACAGAGAUCCUUCCCCCCACAGCGGCAGGGUAGUAGUGCGGGAAGACCCAGGCACCCCCUACCAGGAGGGGAACAAGCUGCUGAAAUUCCGCAAGUCUUUCUGCUUUCAGCAUGGCUUCUGCUGGCUUUCGGACUCUCCCUGGGGGUUCCUCCUGGUGGGAUCGGCCGUGCUGCUUCUGUGGCUGGUGCUAAACAUCUGGACUUCAUCGGGCCCGGCUUCUUCGCAAUCGAAGCCUCGCGAGGCGACUGUGAGCUCGGUAAAGAGAUGUUUCUCCUUAAAGCGUAUUCAGUAGUUAUGGCCGAGAAAAUUACAGUGGUACCUUGGUUCUCAAACUUAACCCGUUCCAGAAGUCUGUUCCAAAACCGAGGCGCACUCUCCCAUAGAAAGUAAUGCAAAACGGAUUACAGUGGUACCUUGGGUUACAUACGCUUCAGGUUACAGACGCUUCAGGUUACAGACUCCGGUAACCCAGAAAUAGUACCUCGGGUUAAGAACUUUGCUUCAGGAUGAGAACAGAAAUCGUGCUCUGGCGGCACGGCAGCAGCAGGAGGCCCCAUUAGCUAAAGUGGUGCUUCAGGUUAAGAACAGUUUCAGGUUAAGAAUGGACCUCCGGAACGAAUUAAGUACUUAACCCGAGGUACCACUGUAAUCCGUUCCAGACUUUUAAAAACAACCCUUAAAACAGCAAUUUAACAUGGAUUUUACUACCUAACGAGUGAGAGGAGAUAGGAUAGCUAUCAUCAAAUAUCUCAGCAGUUCCAGAAGGUAGGACCAGGAUCAACAGAUUCAAAGUACAAUAAAGGAGAUUCUGACUAAAUAUUAGGAAGAACUUUCUGAUGGUGAGAACUAUUCAAUGGUGGAUCGGUCUCCCUCGGGAGGUAGUGGACUCUCCUUCAUUGAAGGUUUUUAGGCAGAAGUUGGGUGGCCUUCUGUCAUGAAUUGUUUAGUUGUGAUCACGGCAUUGCAAGGGGUUGGGCAAGACCUCCUUCUUUGGAGGUCUUUAAGCAGAGGCUUGACAACCAUAUGUCAGGAGUGCUCUGAUGGUGUUUCCUGCUUGGCAGGGGGUUGGACUCGAUGGCCCUUGUGGUCUCUUCCAACUCUAUGAUUCUAUGAUUCUAAGAUGACCUUAGGGGUCCCUUCCAACCCCUGUGAUUCUGUGGUGAAGGCCAACGUAGGAGGACGGCUAUCUAAGAGAACUGGAAAGCAGGUAAUCCGUUUUUCACUUUACUCAUCUGCCUUCACACAGGCGGAAACGGUUCCCGAACCAGAGAGAAAAGCAGAGCAGGAAGCACCAGGGGAAAAUGGUAUGUUUUUGCAACCUGACUUUCUCCCUUAAACAGUGUUCGAAACUCCCAUUGUUCUAGGUGCAUUUUGCGACAGGGAAUUUCAUUAGUGCAAGCAGUUUCUGAGCUCUGGGCAUAGUACUGCGCCUAAGAUUUCAGAUUAAAGCUGCAGAGUGGAAGGGGGGAAAGGUAUAGGUAAAGGACCCCUGACAGUUAAGUCCAGUCGCAGACAACUCUGUGGUUGCAGCACUCAUCUUGCUUUACAGGCCGAGGGAGCGGAUGUUUGUCCACAGACAGUUUUUCCGGGACAUGUGGCCAGCAUGACUAAGCCACUUCUGGCGAAACCAGAGCAGCGCAUAGAAAUGCCAUUUACCUUCCUGCCGGAGUGGUACCUAUUUAUCUACUUGCACUUUUUGGCGUGCUUUCGAACUGCUAGGUUGGCAGGAGCAGGGACUGAGCAACAGGAGCUCACCCCGUCAUGGGGAUUUGAACCACCGACCUUCUGAUUGGCAAGCCCAAGAGGCUCAGUGGUUUAGACCCCAGCGCCACCCGCGUCCCCGAGUGGAAGGAAAGGAGGACCUUUUUCUGCCUCUCCACUUCCAGUUCAGAGAGUAACUGGAAGAAGACUGGAGAAGAGUCCUCUAAAGAAUAUUAGGGGGGUGGGCGGGCAGGAAAGAACUAGACCAUGUGAAAAAUGAACGUAAUAUUUUAGCUGCAGUUCAUUCAUUUCCAGCUUUGUAUUCUUGUUAUAAAAAGCAAGCCUAGACAUUCUGCUGUUGCGCCAUUUAGCUCCUAGCUUCCAUAUCUCAGUUUCUAACGCUGCCCUUAACUUGUUCUUUUCCAACUCCUGUAAUAAUUGCAUUGUCUCUGUGGAGAUCUACACUGCCAUCGGUGUGGGACGUCUGUUCUUGGUUUAACGUGGUGUACACCACUUCUUAUUGCAAGCUGGCAGUUUUAUAAAUACCUCUAUAAAUAAAAUAAAAUAAAACAUGCUUCGUCAUGGCAGUGCCGGCGGGGCAGUUGUUGAUGUGGGAAUGACAAUAAAAUAAAAAACCCUCCCUCAGAAGUGAAUGGAGGAUAGAUAGAGAGGAGUGUUUGUGUGGAAACUAAAGGUAAAAUUAACAUGUGCUGCUCCGCCUACUUUUAAUUCGGCCCCACCCACUACUGCCAUGUGGCCCUCAGGCCAAACAGGUUUUUGUACCCCCGAGUCAAUGUCAUUCAUUGAUUAAACAUUACAGAGCUAUAAUAAAUCUUCAAAACAAAUAUUAUUAUUAUUAUUUUGUCGUAGAAUGUCUUUGCGUUUGUGGGACACCGUUAACUUCUUAUUUCGAAAGGUAGGUACGCCCUCAGUAACUCUAGACUAAAGGGAUGUUAUUUGGGCUGUGAUCUAGGGGGCGCCCAGGUGGGGAGUCUUCUGGGAGAAGACUGGUAAGGGCCCUGGGGAGUAAAAGGCAGCCCCUUACGUCCCAGCUGGCGCAAAAGCUAACAAGGGAUGAGUGAAAAAAACAAACACUAACAAGGGAUAAAUGCAAACAAGAAACACUAACAAGGGAUGAAUGCUAACAAGAAACACUAACAAGGAAUGAAUGCAAACCAGACAUGCUAACCAGGGAUGAAUUUAAACAAGAAUCAGGCUCGUAUCAGGCAGCAGCUUUCCAGGCUUUCAGGUCUUUCCAGGCUGUACUUAAGAGAUGCUGGGGACUGAACCUGGGACUUUCUGCAUGCAAAUCAGAUGUUCUGCCAUCCCUGUCCCUCUUUUCCCUCUGUUGUUUUCCUCCAGAGUGGACACAAUGACAUAGAAGUUAGACCUGCCCACUAAGUUCAGUGUGCCUGCUCUGUAUCUCCCUGGCGUUGAAUUCCAUCCUAAGGCGGUUCCUAAAAUGUUUUGUAGGACACAACUCGGUCCCCACUCCCCUCAACACAAAAACAAAGUUUUAUCUUGCUUUAUGCUAACUUGGUACAUUCUUUUCCACACUGCCUUUUCUUUUCUCGUCCUCAUGUGAUUGCCCAGCCCGAUCUUAGAAAUUGCAUAGACAUGUAGUUUUUAAAAAUGUGAACUUUUGGAAAUGGUAGGAAUUUGGGUGGUGUCCAAUGUUAGCAUUACUCAGAAUAGCCCUCUGGGAAAUUAAUGGGCAUGCAAUACCCAGGCCCACUAAUUUCAAUGGAUCUAUUAUUUUAAAGCAUUUGUAAACCACUAUAUAUAUAUGCACACACAUACACACACACAAAAUUAAAAUUCAGUUGGACCUGACCCUUAUUAACUCACCAAAUGUACAAAACAACUCUGUUUUGUCUUAUUUCUUGCAGUUGUGAGCAGUCUUGUGAAAUUCACCACUGUUCUCUUGUUCCAUGUGAAGAUAUGGGAAAUUGGCAUCAAGAGGAGUGUUUAUGUCCAAAAUAUGAUGGAUUUCCUCCACUGAAGUAUGAGGCCAUUUUAAGCCAUGCUUCCUGCUCCUCCUCCUCCUCCUCCUCCUCAUCUUCCUCCUCCUCCUCCUGCCUACCUCAUUUAAAAUGUCUGGACCUGCAUUCGAGUUCCGAAAACUUCCAGGAUGCUAGAGAUACUUCGUGGACCGUAUUAGAUUCCUCGGAUGUGACAGAGAGCAAAAGCUCCGAUUCCUGCUCCAAUUCGGAGGAGCCCUGCUUGAUAGUGCCGAAGCGUGAACCGUUGGAGGUCCCAUUGCUGCCUGAAAAACAUAUAGAAGUCAUAAGAAUCCCUUCCUUCCCGCCUAUGGCUCCAUUUACACAGAUAAAUAUUCUCCAGAGCGCGACUUAUAAAAAAGAAGACCAGGUCAUCUUGGUGGAAAAAUGCGUCGCAAUUCGUAUGGGCCCUGCACCAUCACAUAAGGCCAAGCCACCCUCUCCUCCCAAACUGAUGGACAAAGACAGUGUUGAAAGUUGCACGGAUCAAGAGGAGAGGGAGGAGAAACCUCCAGAAUUGUCCUGCUCGGACCAAAUGCCACUUCCGUGUAUAGAUAUGGAUGUGACGUGUGCACAGGACCAUUCUAGCGCCUCGGAGGAAAGCUUGCCAAAGCCGUGUUCUCCCACCGGUCAGCGGCCUGCGACAAAGGCAAUCUCCCGCACCAGCUCCCCUCUGCGUGACUCUGAGCUGGCCCCUUUAGUCCUGGAAGAGAUGGACAGGGAAACCAGAGGCUCCCUUGAAUUUCACGUCAAAAAGAAAAUGGUUCAGAGGCGGUGUGGCGUCCCCACCCUCGUCUCCAAGUCUGAAUCGUGGUUUCGACCCUGUGCGGACGAAUUUUCCGGGGAGCUCGAAAGCAGCCCCCAGAGGCCAAAGAGAAAGAAAACACCAGUGCCAAUUUGUGCCCGAAGCCCCCUGCCUCUUGAGUCUCCACACAGAAACGCCACGGUGCUCUAUGCGAAACCUUUACGAGAAUCUCCAGGAACCAAGAAGUAUUACCUUCUCCAUUUGGAGGACCAGCCGAAAGAGAGCGGGAAGCCUUGUUUCCUCACGAAGAGGCCAGGCCAUAAAACUGGGACUUCCCCUGGGAAGUAUAUUCUCCUCUCGAUGGAGCCAGAAGACGUGAAGAAGCUCACUUUCCACAUGACGGUGAAGAUGUUAGAAAUGCAGACGGGCGCCUUUCCAGAAAUGGUGGAAAAAUCCUUCCGACUCUACAAGGUCCUUUCUGCAAAUCCUCUGCCCAAGCCGAUCCGUUUUGGCAACAAAACCCCAAGGCCCAAACACAUCUGCCUGCCCUUCGCCACUGGAGAGGCUCCUUGCAUCAUUGACCUGAACAUUGGACACAAAUACUUGGCCUACAAGUCGAAACUUCCAACGCCCUAUUCAAAGUCGGUGGCAGAGCUGACCUACAGUUCUUCACAGCUGAGCGGGACUGAAACAAGUAUCAUGAAAAGGGCGCCCCCUGAGCCUCACACACCCAGCAUCAUUUUGAGGAGGCAUCCGAAGGAGGAAACACCUCUUGGCUUGGAUCAAAUGCUGAUAGUCCCAGAGCCCCCAAAGCCACACAAAAUGGGGAUGCAGGCAGAGACAGCAUCCUCCAGCAAGGUUCUCCGGUUUUCCUUGAGUACCGAUGGAGCGUCAGCUGAAAGAGAAGGAGCGGAAAAGGGAGUGGAGGCUGAGGGCAGACAAGGGAUCAGAGGCCGUGAAUUAAGGCACUUCCAGGAGGAGCUAGCGGGAAGAUCAUCCUGCGUGAUUCUCCCGAUUUUCAUUGAUGAGAGAGGAACAGUGGUCAGUGGAAGAACUGCAACGUUGAAAUUAAAGGACCACCAAACGGAGCUGGAGGCAAGGCCAAGCCAUGAGGUUCUCGCAAUUGCUUUUGAUGAGGAAAAGAUAGAAGUCGGUGGAAGAACUGGAAUGGUGGAAUCAAAGGACCAACAAAAGGAGGUAGAGAGAGGACCAUGCCGUGAAGUUCUCCCAAUUUUCUUUGAUGAGAAAGGGACAGAGGUUGGAGGAAGAACCAGAACUGCAGAAUCAAAGGACCGCCAAAAGGAGCUGGAGAGAGUGUCACAUCACAAGGUUCUCGCAAUUUCCUUUGAUGAGAAAGGAACAGAAAUCACUGGAAGAACUGGGAUGGUGGAAUCAAGGGACCACCAAAAGGAGGUAGGGAGAGGACCAUGCCAUGAGGUUCUCCCAAUUUUCAUUACUGAUAAAGGAACAGAGGUCAGAAGAAGAACCAGAACUGCAGAAACAAAGGAACAUCAAAAGGAUCUGGAAGGAGAGCCAGGCCACAAGGGUCUUCCAAUCUCCUUUGAUGAGAAAGGAGCAUUGAUCACUGGAAGAACUGGAAUGGUGGAAUUAAGGUACCAACCAAAGGAGGUAGAGGGAGGACCAUGUCCCAAGGUUCUCUCAAUCUUAUUGGAUAAGAAAGCAACAGAGGUAGGAGGAAGAACCAGAACUGUAGAAACAAAGGAACUUCAAAAGGAGCUGGAAGGAGAGCCAGGUCACAAGGUUCUUCCAUUCUCCUUUGAUGAGAAAGGAGCAGUGAUCACUGGAAGAACUGUAACUGUGGAAUCAAGGGACCAACAAAAGGAGGUAGAGGAAGGGCCAUGCCACAAGGUUCUUGCAAUUUCCAUUGAUGAAAAACUAACAGAGAUGAGUGGAAGCACUGUUAUGGUAGAAUCAAGGGACCAACAAAAGGAGGUAGAGGGAGGUCCACACUACAAAGUUCUCUCAGUUUUGCUUGAUGAAAAAGAAAAAGCGAUCACUGGAAGAAUUGGAAUUGUGGAAUUAAGGGAACACCAAAAGGAGGUGGAGGUGGAGGGAGGUCCACACUACAAGGUUCUCCCAAUCUUAUUUGAUGAGAAAGCAACAGAGGUCGGAGGAAGAACCAGACCUGUAGAAACAAAGGAACUUCAAAAGGAGCUGGAAGAAGGGCCAGGCCACAAGGUUCUUCCAAUCUCCUUUGAUGAGAAAGGAAUAGUGAUCACUGGGAGAACUGGAAUUGUGGAAUUAAGGGAACAUCAAAAAGAGGUGGCAGUGGAGGGAAGUCCACACUACAAGGCUGUCCCAAUUUCCCUUGAUGAAAAAGGAACAGUGAUCAUUGAAAGAACUGGAAUUGUGGAAUCAAGGGACCAACCAAAGAAGGUAGAGGGAGGACCAUGCCACAAGGUUAUUGCAAUUUCCAUUGAUGAGAAAAUAACAGAGAUAAGUGGAAGCACUCUUAUGGUAGAAUCAAGGGACAAACCAAAAGAGGUAGAGGGAGAACCAUGCCACAAGGUUCUUGCCAUUUCCAUUGAUGAGAAAGUAACAGAGAUGAGUGGAAGCACUGUUAUGGUGGAAUCAAAGGACCACCAAAAGGAGGUGAAGGAAGGGCCAGACCACAAGGUUCUUCCAAUCUCCUUUGAUGAGAAAGGAAUAGUGAUCACUGGGAGAACUGGAAUUGUGGAAUUAAGGGAACAUCAAAAGGAGGUGGCAGUGGAGGGAAGUCCACACUACAAGGCUGUCCCAAUUUCCCUUGAUGAAAAAGGAACAGUGAUCACUGAAAGAACUGGAAUUGUGGAAUCAAGGGACCAACCAAAGAAGGUAGAGGGAGGACCAUGCCACAAGGUUAUUGCAAUUUCCAUUGAUGAGAAAAUAACAGAGAUAAGUGGAAGCACUCUUAUGGUAGAAUCAAGGGACAAACCAAAAGAGGUAGAGGGAGAACCAUGCCACAAGGUUCUUGCCAUUUCCAUUGAUGAAAAAGUAACAAAGAUGAGUGGAAGCACUGUAAUGGUGGAAUCAAAGGACCACCAAAAGGAGGUGAAGGAAGGGCCAGACCACAAGGUUCUUCCAAUCUCCUUUGAUGAGAAAGGAAUAGUGAUCACUGGGAGAACUGUAACUGUGGAAUCAAGGGACCUCCAGAAGGAGGUGGUGGGAGGGAUACACCACAAUAUUUCCCUUGAUGUGAAAGAAAAAGAUAUUGGUGAAAGAACUGCAACUGCAAAAUCAAAGGACCAAAAAAUGCAGGUGGAAGGAGCGCCAGUUCACAAGGUUACCUUUGUUGAGAAGGGAGCAAUGGUCAGUGGAACUACGGUAUCAAAGGACCAGUCAAAGGAGCAGGAGACAGGUCCAGUCCAGACGGUUCUCCCGGUUCCCCUUGAUAAGAAAGGCACAGAGGUCGGUGGAAGUCCUGGGGCAGCAGAAACAAAGGACAAGCCAAAGGAGGAGGAUGGAGGGCCAGGCCAGAAGGUUCCCCCAGUUCUCCUUGAUAAGAAAGACACAGAGGUCGGUGGAAGUCCUGGGACUGCAGAAACAAAGGACAAGCCAAAGGAGCAGGAGGGAGGGCCAGAUCAGAAGGUUCUCCCAGUUCUCCUUGAUAAGAAAGACACAGAGGUCAGUGGAAGUCCUGGGGCUGCAGAAACAAAGGAGCAGCCAAAGGACCAGAAGGAAAUGCCAGCCCAAAAGGUUCUCCCGGUUCCCCUUGAUAAGAAAGGCACAGAGGUUGGUGGAAGUCCUGGGGCUGCAGAAACAAAGGAGCAGCCAAAGGACCAGCAGGAGGGAGCUCCAGGCCAGAAGGUUCUCCCAGUUCCCCUUGAUAAGAAAGGCACAGAGGCCGGUGGAAGUCCUGGGGCAGCAGAACCAAAGGAGCAGCCAAAGGAGCAGGGUGGAGGGCCAGGCGAGAAGGUUCUUCUUGUUCCCCUUGAUAAGAAAGACACAGAGGCCGGUGGAAGUCCUGGGACUGCAGAAACAAAGGAGCAGCCAAAGGAGCAGGAGGCAGGGACAGCCCAGAAGGUUCACAAGGUUACCUUUGAUGAGAAAGGAACGAUGGUUGGUAGAACUACUGGAACUGUGGAAUCAAAGGAGCAGCCAAAGGACCAGCAGGAAGUGCCAGCCCAGAAUGUUCUCCCAGUUCCCCUUGAUAAGAAAGACACAGAGGUUGGUGGAAGUCCUGGGACUGCAGAAACAAAGGACAAGCCAAAGGAGGAGGAUGGAGGGCCAGUCCAAAAGGUUCUCCCAGUUUCCCUGGAUAAGGAAGGAACAGAGGUCAGUGGAAGCACUGGAACUACAAAGCAGCAGCAAAAGGAGUCGGAAGGGGUGCACCGCAGGGUUCUCUUGCCUUUCUUUGAAGAGAAGGCGAAAGAGGCUGGCCCAGCUGAGAAAGCAAGGAGUGGGCAAAAGGAACCAGCGACUGACUCCCUGCUUCCUUCUCCUUCCACUGGUGGAAAGGAGGCAGAAAUGGAGAAAGGGGCAGCAGUGGCCGGUGGAAGCAGGCCGGAGAUGGAAAAGGCCAGGAUCCGGAAAAAGGAGGCCUCCAUUAUAAGGGCAAGCCUCUUCCUCGAGCUGGACCUGGUGAAAGAGAAACUGAAUCUGCACUUGAAGAAAAAAAUGGAAGCCCGGCUGCUUCCGUCCCAGGGAGCAGAGCUGCAGGUCCACGUUGGCUUCGACAAAGAGGCGAGAGGAAGGAAAACAAAGAAAUCGGCACAGCCGAGCCAUUCCGCUGACCCUCAGCCGAAGCCGAGCCGGCCCUUCUGUUACGUCUGCAUGUCCCUGGAUAAAAGUGGGGUGGCAGUCAAACCUGUUUGCUGGGUCCUUCCAAAGCGGAUUUUGAAAAUGAACGGGAACAGGGUUCCCCAGGUGGUACGAUUGGAGAGCAAAUCCAAAACUGCUCCAACUAGCUCUGCUCCUUCCGGCUUGGCAAAGGAGGCAAAAGGGGUGCCAAAAAAACCUGCUGUGACAAUCCAGCCAUCUUAGAGGGAGAAGGGGAUUUCUUUAGAAGCAGAAGGGAUAUUGGGGUGGGGAGGAAGAAACUAUUAAAGAUAUUUGCCUAAAAGCGACCCCAGCUGCUGACCAUCUUGUGCUGUUUUAUGAGUUUGCUCCACAUCUGCGUAUGUUAAUGUCGUGGGGAAAUUCUCCCUCCUAGGGAUUGAUGCAGGAAAAAUUUGGUUCUGUUUGUUACAAAACCCCACACUUUGUGAAGCACUCUGCAAAGCAAAACACAGCGAUAGCCUUUGAAAUUUGCAUUCCGGUUUAAUUCUGCAGCGCAGCUCUCCUGACAAGUAAUGUGUGCAAAAAUAACAAUAAAAAAAUGAUAUGCUGGGG